AUAACAAAAUUCAGAAUGUCGAAAAGAACUAUACAAUCAUAUUUUUCAAGUUCAAGUGCUUCAACUCCACACACUAAUGAGAGCACAUCUGAACCAAAGAAAUCUAGAGCAGAGUUUAGUCAUUCAGAUUUAAUUGGGGAUCCUGGAAAACGCAAACCUAUUGAUGAUUAUCAACCUGAAAUUAGAGAUCAAGUAAGGAGGGCAUAUGCUUUGAAUGGUCCAACUCAACCUCGUGAUCUUGUAUUUCCUCGUAAAUGGAUGAGUGGUGAAUUUAGAUCUUUUCAAAAGACUUGGUUUGAUGAAUUUGAUUGGCUAGAGUAUAGUGAGUACAAAGGUGCAGCUUAUUGCUUGUAUUGCUAUCUCUUCUUUAAUUCGUCAAAGCCUGAAAAAUUUGGUAGUUCGGUCUUUGCACAUCAAGGUUAUGUGAAUUGGAAGAAAGCUAAGGAUACUUUUAAUAAGCACAAUGUUUGCAAGACUCAUGUAGAAGCUAGGCAAAAGUGUGAAGACUUUAUGAACCAAAGGACAAAUGUGGGUAGAAAAUUAGUUCAAGUGGGUAAGGAGGAAGAAAAACGCUAUGAGAUUCGUUUGACAACUUCUUUAGACGUUGCAAGAUUUCUCAUAAUGCAAGGGGAUGCUUUCCGUGGACAUGAUGAGUCUUCUACUUCGCUUAACAAGGGUACAUUUAGAGAAAUGGUUGAUUGGUACAAAGAUAAGGUUGAGAUAGUGAAGGCGGCAUAUGAAAAAGGUUACAAAAAUUGCCAAAUGUUAUCUCCUUAUGUGCAGAAAGAUCUUACAAAAGCUUGUGCAGAGGAAGUCAUGAGUGUCAUUAUGGAUGAGAUUAUUGGUAGAAAAUUCUCAGUGCUUAUUGAUGAGUCUCGAGAUGUAUCAAUAAAGGAGCAAAUGGCAGUGAUUCUAAGGUUUGUGAAUGAUGAAGGGAAAGUGAUGGAGAGAUUUCUUGGACUUCAGCAUGUUGAGAGUUGUACAGCUAUUGCAUUGAAAGAAGCUUUGGUCCGUAUGCUUUCAAGUCGUAAGUUAUCAAUCUCUAUGCUUCGUGGGCAAGGGUAUGAUGGAGCUUCUAAUAUGAGAGGUGAAUUUAAUGGGGUGCAGAAAUUGAUUCGCGAUGAGAAUCCUUAUGCUUUCUAUGUGCAUUGUUUUGCCCAUCAAUUGCAACUAGUGGUUGUUUCUGUCUCAACUUCUAGUGCGGAUAUUGCAGAUUUCUUUAACUAUGUUCCUUUAAUAGUCAACGCUGUGGGUGCAUCUUGUAUGAGAAAGGAUGUUUUGCUUGCAAAGCAUCAUGAUGUGUUGCUAGAAAAGAUUGAGAAUGGUGAGAUUAUGACCGGAAGAGGUUUAAACCAGGAAAGUGGUCUAGCUAGACCUGGAGACACCAGAUGGGGUUCACAUCUUAAAACUUUGCUUCACAUUUUGGUGAUGUGGGAGGCUAUCAUAGAUGUCCUUGAGAUAGUCAAGAAAGAUUCUGUUAAACCAGCAUGUACUGGAGGAGCUUUAGGUUUAAUUGGAAAAAUGGAGAGCUUUGAUUUUGUGUUCAUCAUGCAUUUGAUGAUAGAAUUGUUGGGCAUGACAGAUAUUUUGUCACGUUCUUUGCAAAGGAAAGACCAGGACAUAGUUGAAGCUAUGCAUUUGAUAACGGAUGUGAAAGAUAGUUUGCAGGAUUUAAGAGAAAAUGGAUGGGAGCCAUUACUUAAAAAAGUGAAAACUUUCUGUGAGAAGAAUGAGAUUGAAGUGCCAGAUAUGGAUGAGGAAAUAAGUAUCAGAGGGACAUCUAGACGUAGGAAGCAAAAGGUAACAAACAUGCAUUACUAUCAUGUUGAGAUUUUUCUUGUCGCCAUUGAUGCCAUCUUGACUGAGUUGAACCAUCGAUUUAGUGAAAUCAGUUCAGAGUUAUUAGUAUGUAUGGCUUGUUUUAACCCAAGGAACUCUUUCUCUAAUUUCAAUGUGGAUAAACUUAUGAGACUUGCUGAAAUUUAUGCUGAGGAUUUUGAUAUUGGUGAGCUUACUCUUUUGCCAAAUCAACUUAAAUCCUUCGUCAACCGUGCUAGAAGAACUCAAGAGUUCCUUGGAUGUUCUGAACUUGGAAAAGUUGCUGAAAUUAUGGUCAAGACUACGAUGAACACAUCUUAUCAAUUGGUUUAUCGUCUCAUUGAGCUAACCUUGAUACUACCAGUGGCAACUGCUUCAGUAGAGAGGAUAUUUUCAGCCAUGUCCCUUAUAAAGACAGAUUUGCGUAGUAAAAUGGGUGAUGAAUGGUUCAAUGACUUGAUGAUAUGCUAUAAUGAGAAGGAGAUAUUUAGAAAGAUUGAAAAUGAAAAGAUCAAAAAGAGGUUUGAAGAGAUGAAAAACCGUCGUAUGUUAAUGCCUAAAAAAUUGAUGAUUGCUUCUUCGGAUGAAUAAUGGGUGUCACCGUCACGCCCGUCGUCUAUUAGUCUCGUACUUUGUCUUUUCGGUAUGGAUAAACUGCAUUUUUAUUUUUUCAUGAUGUAUUUUUAAAUUUCCAUCGGUCAUUGAUGUUUCAAUAUCAUAUUGCUUCAAACUAUUAUAUUUCUCUUUUGUGGGGUGUCUUAA